AUGUGGAAAACCAUAACAGAAGCUGUUUUAUACUUGUCUAGGCAAGAGAUUGCAUUUAGGGGGCAUGAUGAAUCUAGUGGCAGCAUGAAUAGAGGAAACUAUAGAGAGAUAAUAGAGGAUGAGAUUGUAAAGGAAAUAGAUUGCUGCACUUUCUUAAGUAUACAGGUUGAUGAGGCAACUGAUGUUUCUACCAAAGAACAAUUGAGUGUAAUUGUUCGAAUGGACAAAGGGGAAAGUGUCAUUGUAAGACAGCUUGGGUUUGUUGAUGUUAGUUGUGAUAGGACUGCAACUGCUAUAUCAUCAGUGGUUAGGGGUAAGUUAAGUCAAUAUAAUAAUGUGAAAGAGAAAUUUAUUGGACAGACUUAUGAUGGUGCAUCUGUUAUGUCUGGUCAUCUCAAUGGUGUUCAAGCUCAAGUUCAGCAGGAUUAUCCUUAUGCUCAAUUUGUUCACUGUGCUGCCCAUAGACUAAAUUUAGUAUUAUGUCAAGCUGCAUCCUCCAUUUCACCUACAUCUGAAAAUCUUACUGAUAAUCCAAUAGGUUGGGAUGAUGAAACGUUAAAGAAUCUUAAGCAGUCAUCCAUACGUUAUUCUAUUUUGCAAGACAAGGACACUGACUUUCAUUAUGGAGUGAGUAGGGUUGAGAGAUUCAAGGCCUUUGUUGCUUCUCUGAGAAAUGAUACAGAAUAUUGUCAGGUGUACGACCUGACUGUUAAGAAAGUGGGACCACCAGUAACCAGUAUUCCAGAAGUUGUAAAGUUGUUAAAGAUAAAUGGGGUUUUGUUAAUUACAAGUGCUUCAGUUGAGAGGUCAUUUUCUUGUUUGAAGAGGGUAAAAAAUUAUCUUAGAAAUACUAUGAGCCAAGGACGUUUUAGUUCUCUUUGCAGGAUUUCCAUUCACAAAGACAUACUCUCAGAGAAAGAAGACGCCAACACAUUGCAUGAUGAGGUAGUAAAGAAGUUCAUUGAAAAACCAGGAAGACUUGCUUUCUUAUAA